UUCCCUUUGUAUUUAUAUUCUAUUUUUCACUUCCUACUUCAUUGACGCAUUUCAUCAAACACCUUUCAAACAUUCAAAAUUCCCAACAAAAAUUCUCAAACUUUUUUCUUCCCUCUUCAAUUUACAGUCCUAAAAUCACUGUAAAAACCUUUAAUUCCUUAAACCCAUUAAUGGGUACUUCUAAAUUCAACCAAAUUCUUCUUUUAUUCUUUCAUCUUCAUCUUCUACAAAUAUCAUGCUCUGUUUUUGUUCAUUCAAAAAAACAGAGUAAUCUCUCUCCUACCAUUAUGUUUGAACUAAAAUCUCAACAAAUUCCAUCUGGGUCAAUCAGACGACCAACAAGCAAGCUACCAUUUCAUCACAACGUUAGUCUUACAGUCUCUCUCCUAGCUGGCACACCCCCACAACGUGUCACAAUGGUAUUGGAUACAGGUAGUGAGCUUUCAUGGCUUCACUGUAAAAAAACUCCUAAUGUAAAUUCUUUAUUUAACCCUCUUCAUUCCACGUCUUAUUCUCAAAUACCGUGUUCUUCACCCGUUUGUCAGACCCGAACCCGGGAUUUUACCAUACCCGCUUCGUGUGACCCGAAUAAGCUUUGUCAUGUGUUAGUAUCUUAUGCUGAUGCAUCUUCUAUGGAAGGUACCCUUGCAAUGGAUAAUUUUCAAAUGGGCGGGUCAUCCAUACCCGGAACUUUUUUCGGGUGUAUGGAUCAAGGUUUUAGUAGUUCCGAAUCCGAUUCGAUGACAACCGGGUUAUUGGGUAUGAACCGUGGGUCGUUAUCUUUUGUUACCCAAAUGAAUUACCCGAAGUUCUCGUAUUGUAUUUCGGGUCGAGAUGCUUCGGGUGUGUUAUUAUUUGGGGAGGUAAAUUUUGCUUGGCUUAAACCAAGAAGUUACACCCCUAUGGUAAAAAUUACUAGUCAUUUACCGUAUUAUGACCGUGUGGCAUACUCGGUACAAUUUGAAGGGAUUAAAGUUGGUGGUAAAAUUUUAUCUUUACCUAAAUCUAUCCUUCAACCCGAUCAUACCGGGGCGGGUCAAACUAUGGUCGAUUCGGGUACUCAAUUUACUUUUUUACUUGGGCCGGUUUACACCGCGUUAAAAAAUGAAUAUUUAGCCCAAACGAGGGGGAAAUUAAAGGAAUUAGGUGACCCGAAUUUUGUAUUUCAAGGUGCAAUGGAUUUGUGUUAUCGGGUUCCCUUAACUCAAAAAAGUUACCCCGUUUUACCUACGGUUACAUUAAUGUUUAAGGAUGCCGAAAUGAGCGUAUCAGCAGAGCGAUUGUUGUAUCGAGUACCGGGUGAAGUAAGAGGAUCCGAUGGAGUACAUUGCUUCACAUUUGGUAAUUCGGAUUUACUUGGUGUAGAGGCUUAUAUUAUUGGGCAUCACCAUCAACAAAAUAUGUGGAUGGAAUUUGAUUUGGUACAAUCAAGGGUUGGACUAGCUGAAGUUAGGUGUGAUUUGGCCAGUCAGAGACUAGGAUUAGGUCUCUAGAAACAGAAGGAAUUUUGUCCUUGUUAAAUAUAUAAAGAAAAUACAUGUGGAAAUGUGAAAAUUGUUUGUGGAGCAAAGAUAUGGUGUUGGUAGGAGUUUUGGUUAGGUUGUUUGACCAAACAUAGAUUGAUAAAAAAAAAAUAUCUAAAGCUAAGGUCCACUUCUUCGAGGUGUACCGUGUGGAGUGGGUUUUUUUUUGGUUUAGAUGAGUACAUAUAGCUGUCUGGAUUUGGCAUUUGCCACAUCUAUGUGCUUACCUUUUUGUACAUUUCAAGUAUUUACUUGUAUAUAAAAAGGUUCGAGUGAUUAUAAUAUACUCCUAACUUUUCUUAUCUAA